UGCCCAAGUUCGGCCGGAUCCCGAGGGCACCGGAUAGCCGCUAGCUCCAGGGAGAACCUGCCGCGGGCGGCGGCCAUGGAUUCACAGUCCCUGGAUGGUUGCAUCGAGAGCACGCUCUCAGUGCUCUACCCUCCCUUUGAGACCACAGCAGCCACGGUUCUGUCUCAGGUCUUUGACGUGGUGGAGAAGACAUACCGUGGAGAUGGCCUGCACUACCUCAUUGACUUCCUGAUUCCAACCAAGCACAUCUUGCAGUGUGUCCAGCAGGAUGCCUGUGUUCAGUAUUGCGGUUUACUCUUCCGGCAUGAGGGCUGGCCCCUCUGCAUCCAUGAGAAGAUUAUAGUUCAACUCGCCUCUCUUGACUGGCGGAUACUGAGGCCAGGAGACUUCUACCUGCAGGUGGUCCCUUACUUGAAAAAGUCCCCACGAAUCAUAGUGAAAUGUUUGGCCGAGGACAAGCAUAAUGUUGAUGAGCUUGUGGUCCCUGAAGUCUCCUACACCUCCAUUUUCACUGUGGAAUGGCUGAAUUGCAUCAACAGAGAGCGGAUGGGAACUGCACUGGAAAAUUGCUUACUAGUCACAGAAGAUAAAAUAUUCCGGGUGCCCUGGGACAAAAUAGUCAAUCCAGAAUUUAUCAAAAAGCCCCAAACAAUGGAAAAUAACUUAAGUUCUGUUCCAGAGACUGAAAGGUCUUCUGCUCUGGGCUUUUCAGCAGAGCUGCCCCAAAGCAACUGUUCUGAAGCGGGGUCCCAAAUGUUUUGUGGGUUACCUGGAGGCAGCUUGCUCACGACCAUAACAACAGCGCCACCUGUGAGGGCAGCUGCCAGCAGGGAGUGUGUGAGCCCAGUGCUCAGCAAAGAUUCUGUAAGUGACCUGGAAGGAGACUAUGUGGAACUCGCAGAGGCUGCACUGCCUAAAUGUGAACCCCAAAGGGGACUCUUGAUCCAGUCAGUCUCCCUCAAUUAUUGCACUAAGCCGAGGACAAGAGCAAAGAACAGGCCUGUGGCCGGCCAGGACAGCAGCACUUAUGUGAGGAAUGGUUUAGCAUUUGUAUCAAUGCCACAUGUGCAUCAGGAUGCGAUGGGCAUUCCUGACACUCAGGCUAGUAAUGCUUGGAGUCUUUUGGACGAUGGUAACGGACUAGAAAGUGACAAAUUGCUGCUGAAAAAUUCUGGAGGGCCCAAGGGGCAUGCAGCUGCCUCUGUGCUUCCCACUGUGGCCCCUGCUGGCUCUGGUACCAAGGAGCCUUCGCAUGUGAAGGUACAGGCACAUCUGGAGCAUGAGCUUGACUGGAGGUAUGCCUUGUGUAGUUACCAUGAUGCAGAGGAGUCUGAAUGCAAAUCUCCAACAGCUGGAACUUCAGAAACAAGAGGCCCAGCUCUGAGGACCAGCUCCGAGUUAGAAAGUGGCUGCUGCCCUGUUGUGUCAGGCAGCUGUGGCGGCAGCAGCCCCAUGGGAGACAGGGAGGAUUGUGGGAGUUCUGGGAAGGAUCGCGUAUCUGGGUCUCCUUUGGGACAUGUGGCUGUUUGCUGUAGCUGUGAGGAGGACUCUGAUGGUUCCAGCCCGAGGCUGCAAGGAAAGGAGGGCCUUUCCCCACCCACAAUCCAGCCAUUGCCACCCAAACCCUUCUCUGAUGGGAGGGGAGCAGCACACAGUCACCCCUCGCAGGAACUGUCACUUGGAGUCACGGGUUGUCAUUCUUCUGAGUGGCUCGUGGGACCCCAUUGUCCAGCUGAGCAGGUAGAGAAGGUGAACCCAAAGCAAGCAAGCAUGUUAGUGGGGUCGGGCAGUGGAGUCGAUGGGGAGGGAAACCACCAACGUCUAGCCAAACAAAGCCUCUCUGAGAAUGAGAAGCAGAAUGGUUCUGGAAGCCCUUUGCCCCUUGCAGGACAGGCACAGGGAUGCCUGCCUCAGGAGGCUGGACAAGAAAACGUGGAUUGUUGUCAACAGUCAGCUGAGGGUGCUUUUCCACUUCACAGUCCUGGGAUAACAGCCAAACUGCUGGGGAAGAGCAGCAGCCCUUCAGCGGAGACAGACGCACAGGCAGACGACGCUUCCAGCCAAGUUAAUAGAAAAGUGGCUGCAGCGUGCUGGGUGGACCAACCCUGCUUGCUAAGCAAACCAAACACUUUCCUCUUAGGAACCCUCAAAGAGGUAGAAUUACUGAUGGGGCAAAGCAGGGAGCGUGACCAAACGGCUUCCUCAAAAGAGGAGUCAGGCAUGUGGACCCUCCUGGAAACUGAGCACAAGUCCAGCCCCUGCAAAGCCCCAGGCGAGCAUCAACCCAAGAAGGAGGGCACAGCAGCAUCCUCUCCCUCGGCGCCAGAGACAGCCAGGGGCCCAGACACUGCCAGAAAUGUCAAAAAUGGGGAUCAAGUGGUCACAGAAACCUCAUUGAAAUGGGCAGAAAAGUUCAGUCAAGAAGCUGGCAAAGUUGGUCUGGCGUCGGCCGAUCAUGGUUCUAUCUCAGAAGAAGGCUUAGCACGGGCUGUGCACCAAGAAUUGCCCUCUGUUCCAUCUAGUGGAAGUCAGCAAACUGCCCCCACUUCAGUGAAGGAUGUGAACUGGGAGGUGCUUAGGAGUGGAGUUGCCUGCCUGCCAGGCACAAGAGACAAAUAUGGACGUGCGGUGGUCAUCAUCACAAUGAGGAAUACAAUUUGGCUAAACCCACACUGCAAUGCCAGCAAGCUGAUGCGCCUCCUCCUGUACUUACGGAGCACUGUCAGGCCCGAGUGCCAGGCUGUGGAACUCACCAUCCUGGUAGAUGCCCGGCGAUGCUCUCCAGUCCCAGCUCUGUUUAAAGCUUUAGCCAUCCUGCGGGAUGCCAUCCCACACUGCAUCCAUGGAGUCCUGUUGUUUGUUGAGAAAGACGUUACCUUCCGGAUGGAGAAAUCAGUUCCUAUACAGUGGGAACUUCUCUCCUCCAUGAAGUCCCUCCACAAGCACAUUGAGAGCGCACAGCUACCCCUGGAAUUCGACGGGACCCUCUUGUAUUGCCAUCGGGACUGGCUGCACUUUCGAAUGCGCCUGGAGCACUUGCUGCAAGGAUGUGAAGCUGCAUGCGCAUUCCUCAGGGGAGCCAUACAAGCUGUGGAGUCCAGCAGGUGGCCAGACAAGGCAGAGGAGGCCAACACCUUGCUAAAGAGCUACAGGCAGCUAAUGAAGACUGUUCUUGACGACAGGCGGCUGGUCAGUUUGCAGCUGGAAGGUGGGGCGCUGCUGGCUGGCCUCCGGAAGGAGGAGUCCUGUGUUACUCUGACCGAGGACUACAGAGAUGCAUUGGAGGCAGCUGUUGCUCUUUACAACAGAGUGGAUGAGGGCAUCCACCAGCUGGUGAUGAUGUCAAACAAGCGCAUCCAGGCCCUGGAGCUAGUGAUGGACUUUGUGGCCUUUGAAGAAUGCUUUCAGGAGGUCAGUAGUUGGAUGGAGAAUGUUGGCCAAACGCGGCUCACAGAGCUAAGCAAUGUGGACAGUUCCUUGGAAGUCUUACGUAAAGCACAAUGGCAGUUCCAGGAUUUUGAGCUGGUGGCAGGCGAAUAUUGCCAAAGAGGGUGGGAAGCUCUGAAGAAGAUGGACAAGUGGGAAGAGAUUUACUCUACUGAGCUGCCUGCAGGGUGUGGCAUCUUCAUCAAGUUGCAGAUGUACAGGAACCAGCUCCAGAUGUUCUGCAGCCAGCUGGAGGCCAGCAAGAGAAGGAUGGACCAGACCGUCAAGCUCUAUGAAUUCUUUGACCAGGCUUUCGAGUGGGCGCUGGAGGCGACACACCACCUUGGCAGCAUCAGCCCAGAGGAGUGCAGCUCCAUAGAGCAUUGUGCAGCAGCCAUCAGGAGCCUGGAGAGCCACAAGAGGCAUCACCCAGAAAUCAGCAGUGCCCAGUUCCAGGAGAUGAAGGAGCUGGCAUGCCAGCUGAAGAGCAGCAGUGCCCUGAAACAGUGGCACUCGGCCUGGUCAAAGUGCCAGGAGACACGGCUGGCCUUUGAGGUGAAGUUGGAAGCUGCCCAGAGGAUCAAGAGCUCUCUCUGUCCUGGCCAGCAGCGAUCACCGGAAGGAUUGCUCAGCCGGGAGGGCAAGCCGCCUUUGGAGGGGACAUCUCCCGGUCGCUUGUCUGGGAGGGUUGGGGAGCAGGAUGCACUCCAGGGUGCUUCCAGUCCAAGCUGGGUCACUCUUGGGGCUCCAAAGCCACCGUGCCAUCUCCAUGAUGAGCAAGCCACUCUUGAGAGAGUUGUGGCAACUGUGGAGGCAGAGUCCUCCUGCCCCUCCAACACAGCCUCUAGUCAGCCAUGUCUCAAAAGGGCCCUGCGGAAGGCCCAGAGUUUCGACCUCCCCAGCACAGAGAGCCUGCGCUCUGGCUGCCAGCGGACUCUGAGUGAGCCAGCCCGUUACGGCAACACUGGGGUCUUUAUCAAAGGGCUUGAAGUCAGCAGCACCGAGCACAUCGCCCGGCCGCACCUCGGCCCAGCCAGUUGGACUGCAGGCCGCAUGGAAGUGGAGCAGAGGAGCAUCAUCUCUACCACACUGGAGGCAAAAAGCUGGGGCAGUCGAUUGCGCCACAUUAUUGAUGAGAUGGUGACUACUGAGCAGGAGUAUGUCUGCUCCUUGCACUACAUCAUUGAGAGCUACUUCCCGGAGAUGGAGCGGACAGACCUGCCCCAAGACCUGAGGGGGAAGCGGGGUGUCAUUUUUGGGAACCUGGAGAAGCUCUACGACUUCCACAGCCAGUACUUCCUGCAGGAGUUGGAGAACUGCUGCAACCACCCGCUUCGUGUCAGCCAUUGCUUCCUGAGACAUAAAGACCAGUUUGGGAUGUACGCUCUCUACAGUAAAAACAAGCCCAAGUCUGACUCGCUCCUGGCCAGCCGUGGCAACUCUUUCUUCCGGCUCAAGCAGCUGCAGCUGGGAGACAAGAUGGACCUGGCCUCCUACCUCCUGAAGCCUGUCCAGCGCAUGAGCAAGUACGCCCUCCUCCUGAAAGACCUCAUCAAGCAGUGCGGGGAGGCGCAGGAGCAGGAUUUGGUCUACCUGCAAGCAGCUGAGGAGAUGGUGUGCUUUCAGCUGCGGCACGGCAAUGACCUCCUGGCCAUGGACGCCAUCAGGGACUGUGACGUGAACCUCAAGGAGCAGGGGCAGCUGGUGCGCCAAGACGAGUUCAGUGUCUGCCUGGGCCGCAGGAAGUGCCAGCGCCACGUUUUCCUCUUUGAAGACCUGAUCCUGUUCAGCAAGGCAAAGCAGGUUGAGGGGGGGCUGGCUGUCUACAUCUACAAGCGGUCCUUUAAGACAGCAGACAUCGGCCUGACAGAGAACUCGGGUGAGAGUGGCCUACGCUUUGAGAUCUGGUUUAGAAGGCGGAAAUUGAGUGACACCUACAUCCUGCAGGCCAGCAGUGCAGGGACCAAACAGGCCUGGACCAGUGACAUCACCAAGAUCCUGUGGGAGCAAGCUGCCCGCAAUAAAGAAAUCCGCAUGCAAGAGAUGGUGUCCAUGGGUAUGGGGAACAAGCCUUUCCUGGACAUCAAGCCGAGCGAAGCUGCGAUCCAUGACCGUGCCAUUGAUUACAUUAUGAAAGGCAGAGGAGCGAGGACCCGGGCCUCUAUUGCUGUGUCUCUGUUUGACCAUGCCAACCCCUACAAGAGAUCGCCAGUGCUCCUGCCUGCCAGCGGCCCCUCUUCCUGUUCGGUGCUUGGGCCUCUCAACUUGCACAUGUACCUGGAUCAGGCCCUGCUGCCCAGCGUGCGGGCCACUCGUCGGCCUUUUGAUGCUGGGGCUUGCCGAGAGGAGGAUGAGGUGGAACAUGAGACUGGCAGCCAGCCAUCCAUGACAACUGAGAGCUCCGAGUCCUCCCAGUGCAUGUCUGGAAGUGGUUCCAGUGGCUCUGACAGUGGCUGCGCCUCCAGCGUUCCCCAGGAGAGCUUCUGUGAAGACCUCGGGUCGCCACUCUCCACCCCAGAAGGCUCUUCUUUUGCUCCCCCCACAGAGCAGAAAACCUGCUUCCCCAAAAGCCAGUAUGUGUCAGCGGUUUGAAUGCUGUUUCCCAUGACGUUUCUGAGGAGCCAGAAGGAAGGAGCCUGGGUGUGUCCCCCCAGCACCUGGGAGCCAGUCAUGGCAGCUGAGAAUAUUGAUUAGAGCUGGCCACAGCAUGGGGCAUGAAAAUGCCUUUUCGUUUGUGUUACUGAAUUGUGGAGAGAGUUGAGGCCCCUCCCAGGAGUUCCUGCUCUCUCCUGAUGCUGUCAUAAGAGGCAGGAUUUGGGGGCAGUUGUGGAGGGACAGGUUCAGUGGGCCAGCUGUUGAGGUUUGGUGCACCUGAUGUGGCCACCGAUAGAGUAACAGCUGUACGUCCAGCGUACGGAUCACAGAGAUGUUUGCUGGUCACUUGUUUGCUUUUUUGCAGUUGACUAGCUUUGUUCCACAUGCUGCACAUUUUAAAAAGUUUUUCAGAGGCCAGACAAAAAAGCAAUAAAGUAUUUUUUUUUUAAAGAGAAACAAUGCUUUUUUAAACCUUCUUACCCAGGCUUGUUCUCUUUGUUUAGGUUUGCCUGGUGUUGAGAUAAUCUCUUGCCUUCUCCUUACUACUAAUUGCUUCACUAGCAGGUUCAGUGCCAAGUUGUCCACCUGCGCAGCUGUCACUCAAAGAGCCCUUUGUUUUUGACUGGCAGAAAAGGGGUCCAUUGGUAGGAAGCUGAAUUAUCACUCUUCUGGAGCAGAAGUGGCCUGUGCAGUGGAAUGAGGUGGUCAAAUCCAGAGGUGUCAGAAUGGGCUGCACCAUUACAGAUUGCAGGUUCAAGAGUCACAUUGUAAUAUUUCUUCGAAAAAUAUGUGACAGUGGAAAGCUAGCAUUAAGGGUAGCAUCCUGACCUUAAUACUUUCUUCCCGAUGUGCUAGUUUUUAGUUUGCAGGGAGCUUUCACAUUGGGAGAGCAUUCUAAACUGUGGCCCCUCUCUUGCAGCCUGAAAUGGUGUAUCUCAUUCUGCUUCACAGCUUCCAGCUGGGAUUCUACCUAAGGCAGCGGCCAGCCUCCUUUCAGGGAACUAGCACACAAGGCCAGAGGGGGAAGCAGGCCUCCCAGUGAUCCCCUUGCCAAUGCAAGUCAGGAAUAGGUAGUUACUAAUGGAGGCAGCUCUGGCUCCAGACCAUUUCUGCCAUCCUAGUUGAGGAAGGCUGACAGAUGGAGUUUCUGAGCUGCCAGCAACAAUAGGAAUUGUCGACCAUGCUCUGCUCAAGGAUGCCCGUUCUCUUCUCUGCAGUUGUGCUUCUGCUACCAGCUUUACACCUCAAAUGCUCUUGCCCUCUGCUGAUUACCUUUAUUCCUGUUUCCUUCUCAAAUACAUAUCCUAUAAAUAGGACCCUUUUUUAUGUUUAUUUAACAAGCUGGAUUUCUUUAGCUCUUGUUUUGUUUCUAGGUUUCUAAGAAUGGAAUACCAGAGCUCUUUGGUAUGAUGUCACCUAGAGAACAGUUACAGGGAUGACUUUAGAUGCUUCCAAGUUUCCAAGAAAUAUUUCUUGGUUAACCUAACUUUGACUUAUAGACAGAAGGCAUUUAACCAGAAAAAUGGAGGAAGCCUGGGGUCAGUUUUGGAUGAGUCAUCAUCUGACCGAUACCUGGAAUUCCUCAAGCUGGGCAGUUUUUUCAUUGCUGGAAGAAAAAUUCUUAAUGUUUGUUUGGCACCAAUGUUAUGUUUAAAGUUUGACUGGAUUACUUAAUAAAAGUUGUUUCUUCCAGUA